AUGGUGUCGCUACCGGCCGUUGAAACAAGGCUCGUCGAGUGGGUCCUACGGUGCGAGGAACUUGCCGUGUGCCUGACUGGCGAGCUGAUUUGCAAGCUGGCCACGGCUCUUUGCGACGACCUCGACAUACCGACAUCCCGGCGCCUAGCCUUCUCUAAAAAAUGUUUAUACAAAUUCCAACGAAAGCACGGCCUCACCAGCAAAAUCCAGCACGGAGAAGCUGCUUCGACGUCCCUUGUUGCUGUGGAGAAUGACCGACAUGACAUUCAGGCUGCUACAAGCGGGUUUAACGUGUCCGACAAUUGA